AUGGCUCGGCUCGCUACCAUCAUCUUCUCUUUCUAUCUUCUCGCGUUCCCCAGUGUCCUCGCACAUCUCCAAACACCACAGAUCAAUGCACUCGCGUUGACUGCCGCCGGCAUCUUCGCACCGGCCGUCCAUGCCUACGUCGUCCCACCCGGUGGCUUCAAGCAUCUCGAAGCACGCAAGAAGAAGCAGAACAACAAUGAUGCUAAUGCAGCAGCAGCGGCCGCAGCAGACAACUCCACCGCCGUCGCCGACGCAGCUGCCGCGAAUGCCACCGACGCCGCCGCCAUCCAAGCCGCCCAAGACGCGGCCGUUGCAGCUAACGCGACCGACGCUGCAGCCAAUGUGACCGAUGCCGCCACCGUCCAAGCUGACUGCGUCUCUGCCGCCAUGGCUGCCGCGUUGAACCAGACAGCCACAAUGGACAACGCCACGGCCGACGCCAUCGCCGCCACGUGCGGUGCGAAUGCCACCGACGUGGAGGCCACAGCGGCAAACGCGACUGCCAGCGUCGACACGAGCUCCAAUAGCACAGACACGAGCAGCUCGUCGAGUUCAACAAGCAACAACAAUGGCGGUGGGAAGAAGAACAAGAACAACAACAACGGAGGAAACAACGACAACAUCAUCGCCGAAGUGAUUACCAUCGUCGAUGGCCUCAUAGGCAAGCGCGAGGCCGAGAUCCAGUCGAAGAAGGAGAAUGUCGUGAGGAAGCGGUCGCCAAGGGAUUACCAUCGACGUGCUUACUAGGCUUGUCUCCUUUCACUGAUUAUAUAGAGCAAAUGCGAAGGUGGUAGGAUGGC